AGGGGCAUCAUGGCCUGUCCCACAGCCAGGCUGUGAUGACUGCUGCUGCCUAUGGCCCUGGCUCACCUCUGAGCUCUCUAAAACCAAGAAGCACACUCAUAGACAAGUUUGCUAUAGGCAGAGGUGACGUUGGCCUAGGAGAAUUCAGUUGGAACACCCCCCUGCUGCCUGUAACAUGGGACUCCGGUGUACCUUUGGUUGGUCAAGUCUUGCUCUACCCCAACCCCAUGUUUGUGCAGGGUGACAAAAAAAUUGUCAUGGUAGUCGGCUGGGUUGGCUCCAGACCUCCUGUUGAAUUUCUUUUAUGUGCACUCUAGCUGGCCUGGGGUGCAGGACUGUUCUAGAAGGGAGGCUCACUCACCUCUGGCUCUUUCUGCCAUUCUUCUUGGAGCUUAGGGGCAGUUCUGAGCUCACAGAAGUUGGGGGAGGGUCAUCUAGAGCAAGUGAGACUAUGACUAGCCUGGGUGGAAGUCAGCAGUCUGGGUCCUGGGCCACCUCCUCUUUGUGACCCUUUGUUUUCUGAGCUGCCUCCCAAGCUGGCUUCUCCCCAAGGGCCUUUCACACUGGCAUUGGAAGCAAAGGGGUUCGGGAGUAGUGUGUAUAUGUGAGGCAUGGGGGUCGGGGCACACAGGACUGAAGCAGGAACGUUAAGGAGGAGGCAGCAGUGUGCAGGGACAUGGAGUGGACUGGAUGUUCAAACCCCAGAUCGCUCUCUAUCUGACUUACCCUGUGGGAUCUUGCCAGCCAGAAUCCUGGCUCUCUGCAAUGGGAAGGUAACUCUGUGCUGUUGGAUAGCUCACCUUACUCUUCAGGUCUUUAUUUUUUUCUCAUCAACACAAAGUGCACAAGAGCAGAUUGUGCCCUAUAGGGUGGCAGUGAGAGUAAGGCGCAUGUAGCAUGAGCCUAAUCAGUGUUAGCUGCAACUGCUACAAGUGUGUCUGAAGCAACAUUGGUGGGCUCUGGGUCCCGGGUCACACGGGAUGGGUUUGCCCCUGUGAAUCUCUGCAGGACUGUCAGGUUGCAAGGUAGAGCUGUUCGCUGGUGUGUGGCUGGGGGUUGGGAGUAGAGCAGAAACACACUAAGUCCUGAGCCCAUGCCAGAUGGGUGUGUAAAUAAGUCUUGCACAUGAAGGGGGCGUGGUUCUAGGGCGCAAGGAUUGUGUGGAGAAUUGUACCGUGACAGCCAGCCACCUCCAAGCUGCUGAGACUCUGUGGUGCUUCUCCGUGACUCCAGAGUCCCCCGAUGUGCAUCUUUCCGGAUCCUGCUCUAUGCUAUGAAUGAAAUGUGCUUUGCAGGAUAAAGAUUGGGUAAUGUCUGCCCCCGUGAGCAGAGUCGGAUCACAGUGGCCUGCAGUUCCUGGGGUAGCAUGGGCCUUCUUUGCCCUUUGCCCUGGACUCCGUGAUGACAAAUCCCUAGUCCUUAUGAUCGCACGGUGACCCCCAAACCUUUCUCAGCUAAGGAGCCCGUGACUCUGGGAGAGGAUGAGAGCUUGCCAAGACCACAGGGAUAGCCCAGCCAAAGAACUUGGCUUUGGGCCAGGAGACCUGUUUCAGAGCAGAACGGAGGAGGGAGACGCUGCAUGGUCCAAACAUUUCCUAAAGACUUUCCUGUGUGCCUGGAAGCCUCAUCUUCAACUGUCUCAGGGGAGUGGUCUGGCUAAAGCCUUCAUGAUUUACAGAGGAGCACUGGGUCGGAGCACAAGCUUCACCGAAAACGACCUGAAGGAGGCCAAGGCGAGGAGCCAGCAGAUUGCAGCCCAGCUGACCACCCCUCCCAGCUCCAACUCCCGAGGGGUCCAGCUCUUCAACAGGCGCAGGCAGAGGGUGAACGAGUUCACCUUGGAGAGCCGAGGCCAGAGGUCCCCAAAGCUCAACCAAGAGGCCCUCCAAACAGGGCGUCCUUUGAGCCCCAUAGGCCAUGCCCCGGGGUUUAAUGUGAAGCCUACGUCUCCAUCAAAGCCAGGCUCUCCAAAGCACCCCAGUUCCCAAAGCCCCAGCCGAGGGGUCGCUGGCCACAUCAUGGAGGGGUACUCAGAGGAAGCCAGUCUGCUGGAGAAAGUUGCCAGCGAGGAGGAGGAAGUGCCCUUGGUAGUUUAUUUAAAGGAGAAUGCAGCCCUGCUGACGGCCAAUGGGCUACACCUAUCGCAGAGCCGAGAGACCCAGCAGUCCACACCAAACCCUCCCGACACUGAAGGACCCGGUCCAGCUGCAGAUAUUAACCAGAACCCGUCCUCCCCCAAUGCCACACUCACCACACUAACCUCUAGCAGUCACCACAACCAGCCCACCGCUGAUAUCAAUCAAAACCCUCCAGCCACCAUCACCCCUGCCUCACAGAAUUCAUCCGAGGCACAGUGUUCCCAGAAUGGCACACUUGAUUCCAAACCCCGCACUCCGUGUGCUGAUGAUGGGCAGCCCCCGGUGCCAGCAGAGGAGGUGAGAUCCAGCAUUCUCCUGAUUGACAAGGUCUCAGCUCCAUCCUCUGCUGCCAGCACCUUCUCUAGAGAAGUCACUCCCCUCUCCAGCUCGGGGCCACCAGCGCCAGCGGCAGAUCUCAUGUCCAGCUCCCUGCUUAUUGACAUGCAGCCUAGCACCCUAGUGGCGCCAGCAGAACAAGAGGUGCCUGGCCAUGCAGCUGUCACCACGCCCACUAAGGUGUAUAGUGAAGUACAUCUCACACUAGCCAAGCCUGCAUCCGUGGUCAACAGGACCGCCAGGCCUUUUGGGAUCCAGUCGCCAGGGACCAGCCAGAUAGAACAAAGCCCCAUGAUGGGAAGACGACAGUUUGGAGAGAAGGCCUGGGCUCCCCCGGCUAGCAGUGUGGCGGAUAGGAGUCCCCAGCCACAGAGGCACAUAAUGUCCCGCAGUCCUAUGGUGGAAAGGAGGUUGCUUGGGCAGCGAAGCCCGGUCUUAGAGAGACGGCCCUUAGGAAACUUCACCCCACCCCCCACCUAUGCAGAGACUUUGUCAACAGCCCCCGUGGCUUCUCGGGUUAGGUCUCCCCCGUCUUACUCCACUCUGUAUCCCAGCUCUGACCCCAAGCCUCCCCAUUUGAAGGGUCAGGUAGCCCCUGCCAACAAGACAGGAAUUUUGGAAGAAUCUAUGGCACGCCGAGGCAGCCGGAAAUCCAUGUUCACUUUCGUGGAGAAGCCCAAGGUGACCCCGAAUCCAGACUUGCUGGACCUAGUGCAGACAGCUGAUGAGAAGCGGAGGCAGAGAGACCACGGGGAGGUGGGCAUGGAAGAAGAGCCCUUUGCCCUGGGAGCCGAGGCCUCCAACUUCCAGCAGGAGCCGAUAGCUCGGGACAGGGCCAGCCCUGCGGCAGCUGAAGAAGCAGUCCCGGAGUGGGCCUCCUGCCUCAAGUCACCCCGUAUCCAGGCCAAGCCGAAGCCCAAACCCAACCAGAACCUCUCGGAGGCCUCAGGGAAGGGGGCUGAGCUCUAUGCCCGCCGCCAGUCGCGGAUGGAGAAAUACGUCAUAGAGUCUUCAGGCCAUACCGAAUUGGCCCGCUGCCCUUCACCUACUAUGUCCUUGCCUUCAUCCUGGAAGUACACCACUAAUGCCCCUGGGGGCUUCCGAGUGGCAUCCUUAAGCCCAGCGCGGACUCCGCCUGCCUCUCUCUACCACGGCUAUCUGCCAGAGAAUGGAGUCCUGCGCCCCGAGCCUACCAAACAGCAGCCAUACCAGAUGCGGCCUUCCCUCUACGCUCUGUCGCCCGUCAAGGAACCUGCCAAGGCCUCAUCACGCGCCACCUCAUCACGCACUCCAUCACGCACUGUCUCACCUCGAGCUGCCUCCCCGGCCAAGCCUAGCUCCCUGGACCUGGUGCCCAACCUGCCCAGAACAGGCCUCCCAUCGUCCCCUGCUCUGCCUCGGCCUUCCCGCUCUUCCCCAGGCCUCUACACUGUCCCAGUCCAAGACAGCCUCCAGCCCACUGCCGUGAGCCCCACCUACAGCAGCGAUAUCUCCCCCGUGUCUCCCUCCAGGGCGUGGUCUCCUCGAGCCAAGCAGGCCCCCAGGCCUUCCUUCUCCACCCGGAAUGCUGGGAUCGAGGCCCAGGACCGCCCGGAGAGCCUGCCCAGGUCCCCGCCCUGGACGCCGGCCGCUUCCCGGCCCCCUAGCAGCCUGGACGGCUGGGUGAGCCCGGGCCCGUGGGAGCCGGGCCGCGGGAGCAGCAUGAGCAGCCCUCCGCCGCUGCCGCCGCCUCCACCAAUGUCCCCCUCGUGGAGCGAGCGCUCCGUCUCCCCGCUGCGAUCGGAGACCGAGGCGCGGCCCCCCAGCCGCCAGCUGCAGGCGCUUCUGGCGCGCAACAUCAUCAACGCGGCCCGGCGCAAGAGCGCCUCCCCGCGGCCAGCGCCGGGGGAGACCCUGCGGCCCUUUUCCCCGCCGCAGGGGCCGCCGCCGCCGGCGCGCAUGCGCUCUCCGCAGCCAGCCCGCCCAGCCGGCAACUUCCGCGGAGCUGCUUUCUCUCCCAUCCCGCGGAGCCCGUUGCCCAUCGGGCCUCCGUCCUGUGCAAGUCCCCGGAGUCCUCAAGCCGCGUCGUCCAGGCCUUUUCCCUACCGCCGCUCACCCACAGACUCCGACGUGUCUCUCGACUCCGAGGACUCCGGGCUUAAGUCGCCUGGCAUCCUCGGCUACAACAUCUGUCCUCGGGGCUGGAAUGGCAGCCUGAGGCUCAAGCGUGGUAGUCUCCCCACCGAGGCCUCCUGCACCACCUAAAGUUCCAUCUCCGCCCCGGGAGGGUCGAUCCGGAAGAGGCACUAAGCUUGGGGGGAACCCCAGCACCGAGAUCCGAAGGGUCUGACCUCAUUGGACAGCUCUAGAGAAAAAAGGGGUCAGGGAAGGAGAGCUCUGGGCUUGGGGGCCUGUCCGUCAAACUUGGGUUGUAGCCCUUGCUUUGUCAUUUAUUUGUAUGGCUCUGAGGAAGAGCCUCUUGUCUUUGACCCUUAGCUUUGGCCAAUGCAGUCUCCAGACAUCUUCCCUUUCCUUCCAUACACGCGUGCCUUAGGGGAGGCAGCUAAGCACAGAGCCAUCGACCUUCGUCAUGCCAGACUUCCAUGCCCCUUCCUCCAACACUGCUCUCCGCAGCCUGGCAAAUGAAGUGUGUGUUGAAAAGAACCUAGGCCAUGACCCAGGCCCGGGCCCUGGCUUGACCGGUCGGCUCUUGGCACCAAGUCCCAGGCGGGAGCAGCUGUUUUCCAUCUCUUCACAGACUAGCUCUAUUUUUAAUCUAGUGACCUUUAAAGAGAUCUCCCAGGCAAGCUCAAGGUGCCCUGCUGGGUCCCUCUGGGGAGAAGGGGCUGGAAGAUUCUCCCCAGGCACUGCCAUGCUGCGUCCCUAUC